AGUCCCAGGCAGCUCAUACUCUUAAAGACUCCCUCACACUCUCCCCAUUGACUUCUCAUUGACAGUCUCAAGCAGUAAUCAAGGACGCUGGUGUUUAAGGACCAAAGCAAUUCAGGCUACAUGGACUUUGACACCGCUGGGUAGCAUUUUUUUUUAAACUGGAAAAGACCUGCAAACAGUUUAAUCCAAUAUAUCGGGCCAAGGAUUGCUUUGGGGAAACAAUUAUACAGUGUCUUAAGAACCUCUGGUUAUUUUCUCUUUUGCUUUUUUUUUUAUUUUAAAGGUUUUGAAAUUUGGCAGCUCUGGAUCUCAUGGGUUCAGAUGUGCGAGAUCUCAAUGCUAUGCUGCCAGUGUCUCUCCCUGCAGGCAAUGGCAGCUGCACCUUGCCAGUCAGUAAUGCACCUCAAUGGGCUCCGGUCUUGGACUUCCACCCAGGGGCCCCUUACAGCUCCUUUAUCAAGCAAGAGCCCAACUGGAACUCCACUGACCCCCACGAUGAACACUGCGGACUGAGCGCUUUCACGGUUCACUUUUCAGGUCAAUUCAGUGGCACUGGAGCUUGUAGGUAUGGGUCCUUUGGGGCUCCACCACCAAAUCAACCACCUCCCAGCCAGGCAAGGAUGUUCUCAAAUGGCCCCUACCUGCCAAACUGCAUGGAAACACAGCCAGCCACCAGGAACCAGGGAUACAGCACAGUUGGGUUUGAUGGGACUCCCAACUAUGGGCACACUCCCUCUCAUCAUACAUCACAGUUCUCCAACCAUUCCUUUAAACACGAAGACCCAAUGAGCCAACAGCCAACAAUAGGAGACCAGCAGUACUCUGUGCCUCCUCCAGUAUAUGGCUGCCACACCCCCACAGACAGCUGUGCAGGGAGCCAAGCCCUGCUACUCAGAAACCCAUACAACAGUGACAACUUAUACCAAAUGGCCUCACAGCUUGAAUGCAUGGGAUGGAACCCUGUAAGCACAUUGGCACCUACAAUGAAAAGCCACACAACAGGUUAUGAAAGUGACCACAAUGGGCCAUUGUUGUACAGCUGUAGCGCCCAGUACAGAAUACACACUCAUGGUGUCUUCAGAGGACUCCAGGAUGUUAGGAGAGUGCCAGGAGUUACUCCUGCCAUUGUGAGAUCAUCGUCAGAAGCCAAUGAAAAACGACCGUUUAUGUGUGCAUAUCCUGGUUGCAACAAGAGAUAUUUCAAAUUGUCCCAUUUACAGAUGCACAGCAGGAAACAUACAGGUGAAAAACCCUACCAGUGUGACUUCAAAGACUGUGGAAGGAGAUUUUCUCGAUCGGACCAGCUUAAAAGGCACCAGAGAAGACACACAGGAGUAAAACCAUUUCAGUGUGAAACCUGUCAGAGAAAAUUCUCUCGGUCUGAUCACCUUAAGACUCACACCAGGACUCAUACAGGUAAAACAAGUGAGAAACCCUUUAACUGCCGCUGGCCCAACUGUCAGAAGAAGUUUGCGAGAUCUGACGAACUGGUACGCCAUCACAACAUGCACCAGCGGAACAUGGCAAAGCUCCAGUUAGCACUCUAAAGACCACGGCAGGCAAACAAAAUGGACAUUGUCAGCUACUGCAGAAAUGCUAGCUUUCAGAGAGCACUGUAGUAUCAGAAACUAGGUGGUACAACCCAGGUUAACAAAGUUUGCCAGGCAACACUUUACAUUAAGCCUCUUCAACUACUGUGCAUUAACAUAUUAGUUAGUAAAUACAUAUGUUUUUACAUAUAAUUACAGUGUUUACAUGCAUAGGUACAAUGUACUUAAUGUGUAAAUCUGUUUUCAUGAUAUAACCCAAACCUUACCUUAACCCUUUUCUGAUACAAUUAUGUACUGUCAUAUAUCGUGCAAAAAGAUUUGCACAUUAAGCACAUUAUAACU